UGUUUGCGCGCGAUAAGAUGCAGCCGAACUUUUCGGUUCCCUUGGGAUUUAGAGGUCAGAAGAAUCUAAAACUGGCAAAAAUGCAACCGGUUGGUCGUUUUAGAAGAGGGCUCGGACCGAAACUUCACGGGUAUAAAAGAUGAUGGUAGUCUACCAAAUGCAGUACUCAACAUCUGUUCUGCAAUUUGCAAACAUCUGCUAAGCACAGCACACAAGAUUAAACGAUUCACAAUGCGAUUCACGAUCGUUAUGGUGGUAGUCCUACUAGCAGGAGUCUCAAUGACAUCUGCAAAGCCACUCAUCCUGACCAAAAAGUUCCUCCGAUACGUCCUGCCAACAGUAACAGCUAAAGUUGCCGGUCUAUCCGGGCUAAGCGGUCUUACUGGUCUCACUGGUCUCACCGGAUUGAGCGGGUCUCGACACCUAGGUGCAGUUUCGGGUGGCAGAACUAAGGAGUCGAUCGGUUCGGUGUAUCUGCCGAACCGAGUGUACUCCUUCCUGUUCCCCAGAGACUCGAUCAACCCCCCACCAUCGGUUGUCUACCACUCGUUGGAAGAUUACUGCGCUCCUGAUCCGUUCGUGCCAUCGCCAGUGCCAGUGCCCGCACCCUACGGAGUUCCAGUAGCUUACCCUGCCCCAGUUCCAUUUGCCUCCGGUCUACCAGCACCGCUUCCAGCACCCGCCCCAGUAGGAGUUUCACAAGAAUGGGAAGAGAGCAGUGCCCACGCAAGCGCAAACGCUAACAUUGCUCCGGCUCAUCCCCCAGUCUAUGUUGCCGAGACCCCAGCCGUACGGCACGAGGCUCCACUUCCUGGAUAUACUGGAUCAGUGUUUUCCACGAACACAGCCCCAGCACCCGGGACGGCACCAUUCUAAGAAGGCUGACCCAAACUAGGCAAAUGCGCACACACAUGACUUGGUUGGACAACAACAUGCGACGUCAGAUCUAAAGAUUUGUACGAAUGUAGUAAAUUAUUUUAGCCAAUUGUACGAUUUUAGGAUAUAAUUAUAGCAAAUUGCGUCUCUUAGAAGAAAAAAAUAAAAGUGAUGCCAAAUAACAA